AUGUUCCUGUGGGACUGGUUCUACGGGGUGCUGGCCUCCCUCGGCCUGUGGCAGAAGGAGGCCAAGAUCCUCUUCCUUGGCCUCGACAACGCCGGCAAGACCACGCUGCUCCACAUGCUCAAGGACGAGCGGUUGGUGCAGCACCAGCCGACGCAGCACCCGACGUCGGAGGAGCUCAGCAUCGGCAAGAUCAAGUUCAAGGCCUUCGACCUCGGCGGCCACCAGAUCGCGCGCCGCGUCUGGAAGGAUUACUACGCAAAGGUUGAUGCUGUAGUAUACCUGGUAGAUGCAUAUGAUAAGGAGCGAUUUGCUGAAUCAAAAAAGGAGCUCGAUGCUCUCCUGUCUGAUGAUUCCUUGGCCAAUGUUCCAUUUCUUAUCCUUGGCAACAAGAUUGAUAUCCCAUAUGCUGCCUCUGAAGAGGAGCUACGGUAUCACCUAGGCCUUAGCAACUUCACAACAGGGAAGGGCAAGGUCAACCUUGGCGACUCCAAUGUCCGGCCACUUGAGGUUUUCAUGUGCAGUGUUGUUCGCAAGAUGGGCUAUGGUGAUGGUUUCAAGUGGGUCUCCCAGUACAUCAAGUAG